AUGGUGGACCACCUGGCCAACACGGAGAUCAACAGCCAGCGAAUCGCGGCCGUGGAGAGCUGCUUCGGGGCGUCGGGGCAGCCGCUGGCGCUGCCGGGGCGCGUGCUGCUGGGCGAGGGCGUCCUGACCAAAGAGUGCCGCAAGAAGGCCAAGCCGCGCAUCUUCUUCCUCUUCAACGACAUCCUGGUGUACGGCAGCAUCGUGCUGAGCAAGCGCAAGUACCGCAGCCAGCACAUCAUCCCGCUGGAGGAGGUGACGCUGGAACCGCUGCCCGAGACGCUGGAGGCCAAGAACCGCUGGAUGAUCAAGACCACCAAGAAGUCCUUCGUGGUGUCGGCCGCGUCCCUGACGGAGCGCCAGGAGUGGAUCAGCCACAUCGAGGAGUGCGUGCGCCGCCAGCUGCUGGCCACGGGCCGCCAGCCCAGCACGGAGCACGCGGCGCCCUGGAUCCCCGACAAGGCCACGGACAUCUGCAUGCGCUGCACGCAGACGCGCUUCUCGGCGCUCACGCGGCGCCACCACUGUCGCCAGUGCGGCUUUGUGGUCUGCGCCGAGUGCUCGCGCGAGCGCUUCCUCCUGCCCCGCCUCUCCUCCAAGCCCCUGCGCGUCUGCAGCCUCUGCUACCGCAUGCUGGCCGCCCAGAAACUCGAGGAGGAGGAGGAGCAGGGCCUUCACCGGGGGUCCCCGGGCCAGCAGGCCCACCUGGCCGGGCCCGUCUUCACAGCCUCCAGCGGGGACGAUGAUGACUCCGACGAGGACAGAGAGGGCAAUGGAGAAGGCGACUGGCCCAGCAGUGUGGAGUUCUACGCCUCGGGCGUCGCCUGGUCGUCCUUUCAUAGCUGA